GGUCAAAUGACUACAAAACCCUCGCAACGAAUCCAUAAUGUCGACUAAACCUCACCGUCUUUACCGGAAACCAGAAAAGCUUCCCAUUUCAGCUUUCGCUCCGCCGCGGCGCUUCCCGAUUGACCCCCACGUAGAAACCAGCUCUCUUUUCAUCUCUACAUCAUUUAGUAUCUCGUAUCAAUCGAUUCUGACUCUUCUCUGCUGCUACUAUAAAUGGCCAAGAAAUUAGCCAAGAGUCUCUUUUACGACAUGGAUUUCACUAUGAAAUUGUGGAAUAAAGAAGUGUCCUAUCAAAGGUUAGUGCACAAUAUUCUAAUUAGGUAUCAAUCACAGUGGCCAAAGGCAGAAAAAGGGGAAGUUGGUGUGUCCAAGGAGGAAAAUGAUACGUCUCAAGUACCUGUUAUGCCUAAAGUGGACAAUAAUAGGAGCCAUUAUCGGCCGAUUAAGAAAUAUGGUUCCGCUGAUGAUGAUUCGAGUGAUCACAAAUGGAGUUUAGAACUUGCUUGGGUUACCAAAGCUCUUGAACCAGCCUUGCAAUUGUGUAGGCGGGCUCUGGCAACAGGAAAUGGAUUUGGAAACAAAUCCCCAAAUAACCCCAGAUCACUUAUGGAAAUUGUUGCAAGCAUUCAGCGGAGUAAGUUUGGACUCCAUGAUUGGAGCCUAAGUGAUCUUACAAUAGGCUUGUUUCUUAUAUACCUUCAGCAAGCAUCCAAAAAUUCAUCUGAGGAGGUUAAGGGUGUUCAAAUUUUCUCUGAUUCCAUAGUCCAGGAUCUUAUCUACCACAUAGAAUUAGCAAAAGGGGCAUAUAGGGAUAACGCUGCAGGUCUUGCAAGAAAUAGCAUGCUUCGUGAAAGCAACGUUCUGAAAUUUGUCAAAGAUUCCAGCAUUAUGAGGCCUGGAUAUUAUAUAGGAGUUGAUCAUCGCAAGAAACUUGUAAUUCUUGGAAUCCGUGGAACUCAGACUGUCUACGACCUUAUCACUGAUGUUGUUUCUUCUAGUAACGAAGAAGUCACAUUUGAAGGCUACUCAACUCACUUCGGUACUGCUGAGGCUGCUCGUUGGUUUCUUAGGCAUGAGAUGGGAACCAUAAAGAAGUAUUUGGACAAACACGAGGGAUUUAGGUUAAGGCUAGUAGGUCAUUCUCUUGGAGGUGCGAUAGCUUCUUUGCUAGCAAUAAUGCUUCGCAAAAAGUCAUCUAAGGAGCUAGGGUUUAGCCCCGAUAUUGUUACCGCGAUUGGAUAUGCACCCCCUCCAUGCGUGUCUAGAGAUAUUGCUGAAUGCUGCUCUGAUUAUGUCAGCACUGUUGUAAUGCAGGAUGAUAUCGUUCCACGGUUAAGUGUAGCUUCUUUAACAAGAUUGAGGAACGAAAUUCUGCAAACAGAUUGGAAGAGUGUCUUAGAGAAGGAAGACUGGAAAAAUGUCGUAGGUUUGGUAACAAAUGCCAAGCAAGUUGUUUCUUCAGUACAAGAUGUAGCUCGGAAGCUUGCUGAUUAUGCCCAGUUCAGGGGCCAGCCAAAUGUCUCUGAUGUGCACGUGAUAAAGAAUUCCACCGUAGUUCCGGGAGUCUCUUCGACCUCCAGUGCAAUGGGAGGCAGUGCUAUUCUUGUUAAGAAGGAGGAAGUUGAGGAGUUGUUUGUACCAGGGACUCUCUAUUAUCUAAAGAGGAAUGUUGAAAAUAACAGCAGCAGCAGCGAUCACACGAGAAGGCAGUAUUUUACUUUGUGGAAGAGGGAUCCGGGUGAGCAUUUUCAGCGGAUAAUGCUUUCGAAUAACUUGAUUUCGGACCACAAAUGUGACAGCCACUAUUAUGCUCUGAGGGAUGUGAUCAAAGGUAAUCCUGGCCCCAUUGAGGAAACCAUUUACAAAUAACUAUCAACGCUCGUGUAUCCCUGUAAAACUAUGUUAGUUGUCUGUGCAUUUGUUUCUUGAUCUGGAGAGCCAUGUUUUCAGUUCGUGAGAGAUCUUGAGAAAAAGUUAGGCAGUUUUCAGCUCUUUGAAGUUUUAUCCAACUUUGUCACCAGAUGUAAUUAUGCUGAUGUUGUUCAAUGUUCAUUCACAGUAACUGUUACUGUGGUUUAGUUCAUAU